CGCAAUCAUUCUUCUAUCUUCAUGUACAAUGCGUGCUCGAUCUACAGGCCCAAUGCAAUAUGCCAUAUGACUCACGCCGAUUCAAAGGCACAGCCCUGGUGGCUAGAGCUGAUGAGGAGCCAUGUAAAAUCUAUAAAAACCCGACCUGCCCACGACUAAAGGCCACAGAUCAUCAUCUUCUUCAUCACUCAAUUAUCGAAAAGAAAGAACAGUCUCCAUAUUUCAACAUCAUUUCUCAAUUAUCAUUUGACUAUCUGUCAGUAUGAAUCCGGUCAACACCAAACCAUACAACCUGCCCUCAGAUGCGACUUGGUUGAUAACCGGAUGCUCGUCAGGAAUCGGCCGCGAGCUCGCCACGUUGAUCGCAAACAAGCCGACCCAACGCUUGAUAGCCACAGCACGCAAGCCUUGUGACCUCUCCUACCUCCCUGACGGAAAUCCCAACAUCUUGAAGCUCGCCUUGGACGUCACUUCCGUCGGCUCAGUCAACGAAGCUUUCACCGCUGCUUCCAAGCACUUUGGUGAAGACUUCCAUCUCGAUGUCGUGGUCAACAAUGCCGGGUACUCACUGUCAGGUGACACUGAGGGUGCCACCGAGGAAGAGAUGCAUCAAGAGAUGGAAACGCUGUUCUUUGGUACUGUGAGAGUUACCAUGCCAGCUGUUGAAGUCAUGCGUCAGCACAAAGAACAUCGAGGCGGAGUCAUCUUCAACAUCUCAUCGCUUGCUGGAUUGGCUGGGUUCCCUGGUCACGCAUUCUAUCAUGCUGGGAAGUUCGCCGUGGAAGGGUGGUCCGAGUCUGUGGCUAGAGAAAUGCACCCGAAUUGGAAUAUCAAUUUCUGCAUCAUCGAGCCAAGUGGUGUCAAGACGAACUUUGACGGCCACAGCAAAGCAAAUAUCAAACCUCAUCCAGCUUACGCAGAACCCGAUAUGCCAUCUCGCAUACUCGAGAAGUACGUGAAUAUGGGCCUCAAGUCUGGAGUCGGUAUGAUUGAACCUUCUGCUAUCGCCGAGGCUAUUUUCACUAUUGCUAGCCGUGGUGAGAAAGUCCCGCUCCGACUUCCCUUAGGUGCCACGGCUUGGAAGAUGGCGAAAGCUAAGUUUGAGGGUUUUCUGAGCGAGUUGGAUGCAGUCAAGGAGAUAAGUGUCAUAGGGAAAGAUGUUUGAGAGUGCGUUUGAUGUUUUUCUGGACGUUUACUUCUGGGUGUUCACCGAGACAUCCAAGAUGUCGAAGACCAUCUAAAGUCAAUUCAUGACGUCAAUAGUCUGAAAGAGGCUCUUGUCGCGCUCGUGCCUCGGAGAAGCAGUUUGAGGCUCACUCAAUUCUACCAUUUCCUUUUGCUGCUGCUUUUUACAUCCCGUCUUCGGCUAGUCAGCCGCAUGCGUAUUGGUGGCGUAUCGGCGUUCGCUCCUGUGCAUGCUUUUUCCUCAACAUUAUCUGCCACAAACUUGAAUAUUAGUCUCUUAACCAUCGAUUCGUACCUAGAAAAAUCUGUUUGAAAAGC